GCGAGCCCUCAGAGCAAAGGGCGAACGUCCCUGUGGAGAUGUCAGCGUGAGGGAUGCAGAGAGGCAGCACGGAGGCCCUUGUGGGCCCUGCCAUCUGCCGCACCCCUUCCUCACGCCAGUGUGAAGGCCUGUGGGUUCGCCUCACGAGGCGGCGGCUCUGAAGGCGCUGCAGGUUCUCUGUGAGCGGCAGGGAGCGUCGGCGGGGGGCCCGUCCCAGCGCCCCGAGAAGCGCAGCGCAUCUCUGCGGGGCGUGCUGCUGGCGCUAGGGUGGGACGCGGCCCGGACUCCGGCGCGCCCGGCUAAUUCCUGGAGGCCGCGCUCACACAGCGUCGCCAAGCUGAAGAAAGACCUGGAAGGGCUUCCCGCGCGGCCCGUCCCCGCCCAGAGAACACGAGGCCCGCGGGGGGCGGGGCCUGGCAGCUGAGACAUUCGGUCAACAGGAAAAUAUGAAUGAUUCUAGGCAGCAAUCACUGUUCUUCAUCACAUCUCCAGAUUUACACAAACUCUGUGCUGUCAGGAUAAUACUGAGUAAUGAGGUGGCUGAUACUGAGAUUAGAAGUACACAAAUGAAGAUAUGCAGACAAUUGCUGUUUUUGCAUCAAGAUAUUCUUACAUCACCUGUGCCUGGAACAUUAAGCCAAAUUUGGGUAGUGAUGGCGAUACCAUUUUAUAAAGCUGGGAAACUUAAUGCCUAUAUUGAAAAAUAUGGAGCUAAAGUAGAGGCUCCACAAAGAGUAAUUCCUGUAAUUCUUCAAAACUGCCUUUCAUAUUCACUCACAGCUAGACUUACUCCAGCCUGGAAUAAAAUUGGCCAUCUCUUGGUGCAAGGAAGAGAAUUUCUUUCUCAGAUGGGAAAGCAAAGUGCUGUUGUAUUAGACAUCAAUGUAAGCGAAACUCAAGUUUGUCUAAGUAUAGAAGCUUACACAAUCAGACUGCCAUUACCUGAGCUGAGAGAAUUUGGUAUUUCUCAGAGUAUUAUAAAGGAUUUUGAUAAUAAUAAGAAUGCUGUCAUUGAAGGACAUUCAAUUUUGAGCAACUGGUGCUAUGUUUUGCCAAGUAUGAAAAGGGGACAAAUAAUAAGUAUUCUUCACACCACACCCCCUGACUGUCCUUUUCACUCAUAUGAAGAUUUCCAGAUGCACUGGGAUGACCUGUAUGGCUAUAAACUUCCAGAAGAUUGUGGAAAUACUAAAAUAUACUGCAGCAUCUACUUCAAAAUGAUAGGAGGAAAGAUCUUCACAUACCCUCUGAGCUGCAUCAGAAGUCAGCCCAUACAAUUCUUUCCAAGGGUAGAUUUGGAAGGUGUGUUGAAAAGUUUCAUUUCAGACUUAAAAUCUAAACUGCCUCAUAUCUGUGGCUUCCCCAUAAAGAUGACCACUAAACCAUGCUACUACACACAAGAACUAAUGAAGCCGCAUGUACAGGAAAACAAAGUCAAGGCACCUAAUCUGACCACUAAACAGACGUUCAAGUUCUCUCUGACUCAGGCCCCUUCCCCAAGACCUGCUGUGGCUGAGCGUCUUCGACCGUGUUCAGUAGUCACGCACCACAAGGUGGAGCUUUCAGGCAGCCACCUGGAGAAGCCGGGGGUGUCCUCAACUCUGCACCUCCGGCAAGAAGCUGUCCAGAAUAGAAAGAAAUCCUGGUCUGACAAAGCACCCCAAAUACACUUGGAAGUACCAAAGCCCAACAGAGAGAAGAUUCGAGUUCAAGGCACAAAUUUUAGCUCCCAGAAUAAUACUGCCCCCAAAUUCAUACCAGUUUUCAAGAAUCAGUCAUUACAAACGAAUAAAAUUAUCUUAAAACCUGGCAACCUGAAAAGAAAGCAGCAUGUUGUUACAGAAUCUAAAUUGUUUUCACUUAAAAGUAGCAUGAUGCAAAAUGACAAACUGAACUUAGAUCCAGCUGUUAGAAAAAGACCUAAUCAUCACAUUCAGAUGAAUGCUAGAAAUUUAAAUCAGAAUACUUGUAGACUACAAGAAAAAAACACUGGGUCCUGUGAAAAUAUGGUAAAAUAUCCCCCUCUUAAUGAAGAAUCAUCAACUGUGAGUUUAAAUGAAAGUAAAUACCUGUCUGAUAGUUCAGCAUUUCAGAUGUCAGAUAACAGUUCAGGUGUAAUAAACAGAGCUGUUGAGUUCCAAGUGAAUGGAAAAGAACAUUUAACAAACAAAUAUAUAACACAAAUUUUAGGGGAAGGACACAAGUCACGAAAAAUAAAGAAACAACCACACAUUUUUGAAUCAGACACAGAAAUGGAAGAUCCCCAACUACUACAGCAACAAUCAGUAAAUCAAAGUAUAAAAGUUAAUGUAAAUGAUCACAAACUGAUAAGCCAAACAACCCAUAGGUCUAAAAGAAAAUUGUGUCAAGAAUCUUCAAAAACUUCAAAAAGACUUUAUUCCAAUACUCUGCAUUAUGGACAGUCCAGUUUCUCUGGGAACAAGGUACCUGAUGUGGACAAAUCAAAAACUCAGAAAUCUGUCAUCAUCCCUAAAGCUUAGAACAUGGAUGUGAAGGGAGGAAAUGUCCACCAGAGAUAACCACUCCGAACAGGGAUGGACAUUCAGACACACCUGUGAGCAUGGACUCAGGCUCCAUCCCUGCUGUGGAACCUCCUUUAUCACUUCACAGUUGUUGUUUUCAUGGAUGCCUAGUAUUUAUUCCAUGGUUUGUGGGUAUAUUAUAUGCAUUGCCACUACUGACUGACACUUAAGUUCUUUCCAUUUUUUCACUGUGGCAACAAUAUUCUACAUGCGGUUUUGAACAGGGUAUCUGGGUGGCUCAGUUAAGCGG